GGUGAAGUAAACAGAUACAGUUAUGUGAAUUUAAAAUUAAAUAUUUACAGGUGUAAGUAAUAUAUUAAUUUUAUUUAAUGUGUAUAAUGUAUCAAGCGUCCAUUAUAACUUGCAGAAUACUUUGUUUCAUAAUAAUUAAUGUAAAUAUUCACUUGGACUGAACUGAUUCCAAUAUGAUUUCAUCAAUCACAAUCGUAAUAAAUUUAAUUUAAAUAAAUUAAUUAAGAAUCUCAUAAAUUUUAAUUUAAUUUUUUUUUUAUCAAUAAAAAUUGGUUUCUUUUUAUAUUAAAUUUUUAUUUAAUGGAUGAUUGUUUUAACUAAUAAACAAUAUGGACAGUCACACAGAAACUAUUAAGACUCUUUUGGAAGAAUGUAUGCCAACAUGCUCUCAAGAAGCACUAGAAGAUCAAGUGUUGUCAGUGAUUUGCCCACUAUUAGAGCAAAUGACAACUGAAGUAUUUAACAAGACUGGAAGAAUGAUUGAUGAUUUGAAAUUAUCAAAAAAUUCUGAUAGUUCAAUCAGUAAUGAAUUAGAAAAAUGCAAACUUCCACUCACAUAUUGGAAAAUGAUAUUAGAUCAUAUUGAAAAAUAUAAACCAUGGAAAAGUAACUCAUUACCAAGUCUUUUUAAAUACUUACCUUUGGUGAUGAUAACAACAUGUAAUCAAUGUAAAAUGUAUUUAAAGAAGUGUUCAGAUCGUACUUUGACAGCUAUUAUUCAAGAAAUUUAUCGUGAAGCAUGUUUAGUAAUAAAACAAUACUGCAAUGUUAUUCAUUCUAUCCAGUUUGACACAAAAAAUGGACAAGACUUGAUCAAACAUGUUAUCAUGAACAUUGCUAAUAUGGCUUCAGUUACAAUUUAUGUAUUAGGUUCAAUGAUUUUCACCUGGAGAACAUUUGUAAAGUUGAUGUGUGAUUCAGAUUUAAAAUUUUUUGAAGAUAAAGAAAUCUCAACAACAGUAUUAGGAUGUUUUAAACAACUUGGAAAUGAUAUUACCUGGCUUCUUCAGAACGUUUGGCAUUUAAAACCAAAUGAAUCUGAACGAUCAAAACAAGUUAAAUGUAUAAAUAUAUUGUUAGAUCUAUUCGAUCGUCUUCACAAAAGUUAUUACUUUCAAAUAAAAGCUGCCGAUAUUAAAUUUUUUGAAGAUAUGGCUCACUUUAUUAUCCAGUUAACCGGAUAUUACACAUUAAGUUUACGUGGAAAAUCAGAUUUGGAAAUUCCUAGUGCAGAAAAAAAAAUCUUCGAUCAGGAUUGGCCUCCAGAAGUAUUGAUUUAUUAUCAUGGAUGUGAAACUUUUGAAGAGGCAUUAUUUUUGAAACAUAAUCAUUUAAAUGAUCAUUCACAAGUUUGCCAUUAUUAUAUAAUUGGUUUUCAUCUUUCUAUCUUAAACAAAAAUAUUAAACAUGAAAGUAAAGUUGAAGCUGCUAUACUCAAUAUAAACACAAUUCAGGAAGACAUCUUACUAAGAAAAUUUAGAAUGCCUAUAAAUGAAAAUGGAGUUAAGACCACCAGUAUUUAUGGAUACACUUUAAUGUCACUAUGUGAUUAUUUAUGUCAUUAUUCAAAUUUCAUUAAAUUUGAAUCCAUACUGUUUAAAUAUCUUUUUUGUGAAAAAUUUUGGUCAUCUCUUCUAUGUUUUGAUAUUCUCAAAUAUUGUUACAGAAUUUCUACAGAAGAAUUUGUUAUGACUCAUUUAAAGUUCUUAAUGAUGAUAUACAAGAAAUUUAGUAAACGAAAAGCCAAUAAUUUUGGAAUUAUUUUAUUAAGUAAAUUAAUAAUUGAUACUUUAACAAUCCUUCCAAAUGAAAAGAGAGAUAAAUUAAUCAUUGAUUGUCAAUAUGAAGAAAUUAUUUAUUUAUUUCUAAAAUCUCAUAAAAUAAAUAUGUCAGAAAAAAGAUCUAUUAUCAAUUGGUACAAAAAAUCUCAAUUAUUUGAAUCUAAUGAUCAAAAUUUAGAUAAGGCAAUAAUUAGUUUGCGAGAGCAACCAUCUGUAAAAAAUUGGAUACGUUUAAGACUUUUAUUUCAAUUAAUCGGAAUGGAAAAAAAUUUUAAUAAGAACGAGUAUACUAAAGUUUUCAAUGAUAUAUGGAUGUUAACAAUUAGCAGCUUGGAAGAAAUUAAUGAUGACUGUAAACGUCGUAUGAUGCAUGAGCUUAUUUUAAUGUUGAUAGAAUGUAUAAUUACAGGUGAUUUUUCUCAUUCUGUUUCAUUCAAUUGGUCUUUACUAUCGGUAAUGACGAAAGAUAUAGAGGAUGGGACAAUGCUACCGAAAAGUAUUAUUAUUGAACUGUGUCAUAAUUUAAAAACUUACGCUGCUGUAUUAAACACAUCAACAGACAAAAAUGGUGGUAAUACAAUUGGUAAUUUGGUUUGUCAUUUAAUGGAAAAUAGUUGUUCAUUUAUUUUUCAAGAAGUACUUGAAACUUUUGAUUUUAUCGUGGAGAAUAGUAAUGACAAUCCUUUAAUCAUGGGCAUGGGAGCAGCUAUGAAAAAAAAACCGAAUCUUUUAAAAAUAGUGCCAGAGUAUUUACGGAAAAAGAAAACAGUCAAAUUAUCACACUUUUCGAGUAUCAAAGAUUAUAUUCAUACAUUUAUUAAAUACUGUGAUCAUUUGUCCAUUCAACACAAAUGUUAUAAUAAUAGUACAUACAAACGUAAUGAAAAAAUGCCUAAAUUAGAUGAUGAUUCUUUGGAUAAAAAAGCUGAAAGAAUAUCUAAAGAAUUGAUGGAGUUGAUUGAUCAAAAACAUUGCUUGAAUAGUACAAUCAUUGAAAAGUUGUCAAACUCGUGUCAUUUAUUCAUUAAUAAAUAAUAAAACAACGAGAAUCGUCGAAAUUUUGUACUUUAACAUCUUGUAAUUUGAUAAAAGAUUUUUUAUAAAUAAAAAUCAAUUUUUAUAACUCA